AUGUCUGUCAUUGACGCCAUCGGUCUCGUGGGAACCCUCCUCACCACCAUCGGUUUCGCUCAGUCGAACUUGCCAGACGCGAGCCCUCGCGGUGCAUCUAUCCGCGUUAAAGUCGGGCUUCAGAAUACUACCAGCUCAGACUAUGGCGGCAGAAUUGCAAAGAUCCAAGCCUACGACUCUAACAAUGCCAAGAUCGGUGAUCUGUCUCCUGGAGCAGAUAUCCAGAGUGGCGAUAUCGCUGAUUACACAUUUGACCAGCAGAGCCCUGGCACGCAAUCACAGUAUAUUUCAUUUCUCGGCACCAACGGCGGCAUCUGUCUCUCUUGGAUUGUCUUGAAGAACCUCGACGGUGCUGCCGAUGCCGCCUGGACAGGUGAUGUGGGCUACAAAUGUGGCCAUGCUUGGAACUGGGGCAGGGAGGUUGCAGGACGCGACUCCAAUGGCCAGCCCUACAAACCUUUCUGCACAUGGAUCGAUGCAGACCACACAGACAACAUUGACACUGGAGCUAUCAAGAUCGAUUUCUUGGCCUACGGCGAAAAGCUUAAAGACACCAUUUCUCAGGAUACCGCCUGCUCGAAGACAAUCUUCGCCAAAGACGCCGUGGAGAUCGACGGUGUCCCAAGCAAGAAGACCAGGCGAGCUAUCAGCAAAGACCGCCCUCAGUGGAUGACCGAUCGCCUCCUCGUCUCCUCGUUCCCAUCUGACAAUGCCACUAUGCUCUGCCAGUCCGAGACAAGCUACGGCCCAGACGCUAUUGGUUCGGACGGCUACUACUGCAACAUGGCUACCCGCGAGCUGUUCCCUCUCUGCGAGAUGCACAACGUUGAGGGCUGCAUUAACAUCGACAAGGACAACAAAGUCGUCACCAAGCGCUCUCUGGUUGCCAAACGCUCCACCGACCUCCAUUACCGAUCCUACACACAGGUCGACCACCUCGACGUCAAUGAGGUCGAUUAA